AUGGUGGCAUUGCAAGCAGCUUCAUGGGUUGGACUUUUGGGUGGUAUGGUGGGCUUUCUUGCCACCUCUGAGACUCCACAGCAGCCUGACAAGCAAGCGGACAUGGCCGUCAGCUCCAUGACCUCGUUUUGUCAGGAGUUCACCAUUAUUCAGCAAGAAAUCCUCAUGAUGAAGGACUGCGGCAUCCAAAACAUAGUGGCUUACUUUGGAAGUUAUCUUCGCCGGACCAAACUCUGGAUAUGCAUGGAAUUUUGUGGGGGUUCUUUGCAGGAUAUAUAUCACAUAACUGGACCUCUUCAAGAACGCCAUAUUGGUUAUAUGUGCCGUGAAACACUGCGUGGUCUUGAGUAUCUUCAUCGAAUGGGAAAAAUGCAUCGGGAUAUUAAGGGUGCUAACAUCUUGUUAACAGAAAAUGGAGAUGUUAAGCUUGCAGACUUCGGUGUUUCAGCUCAAAUCACUGCAACUAUAAGCAAAAGGAAAUCGUUUAUUGGAACUCCAUAUUGGAUGGCCCCAGAGGUUGCUGCUGUCGAAAGGAAAGGUGGAUACAAUCAGCUUUGUGAUAUAUGGGCUGUUGGAAUCACAGCUAUUGAAUUAGCAGAAUUGCAGCCUCCCAUGUUUGACCUUCAUCCAAUGCGGGCUCUGUUUCUCAUGUCCAAAAGUGGAUUCAAGCCACCAACCUUAAAAGAUAAAUCGAAGUGGACACAAAACUUCCAUAAUUUUGUAAAGUUGGCAUUAACUAAAAAUCCCAAGAGAAGACCUACUGCAGAUAAGCUUUUAAUGCAUCCAUUUGUAGCUGCAGACCUUCCAAAGUGGUUAGCGAUUGAGCUCUUACAAAAAGCUCAUAAUCCACAACACUCGUAUCCACCCGAGCUAGAGAUGGAUGAGGAAGGUGCUGUCUCUAAUGUUCCUCAACGAAUAACUUCUAGAACACCGACACGUCCUAAGCAGAGAACAAAAUCAGAACUACACAUGGAAUCUGUAAACUUUGAACCUCCUCUAGUCACAGAGCUGAAUGCAGAGCCGCCACCAGCCCGGUGACCCCUGCUGCUGGUCAGCCAUGGGACCCUGCAAUGGAGGUAUGUGCUGCUAUUUCA